AUGACGCCGAUGGGAAGCCCGCCAGGGACGGGGCCGUGCAGCCGGACGGGCAGCCCUGCGCGCCGCGACGCUGAGCCAGACCUAAACGUGUCGGCGAACUCGGAGGGCGACUCCGGCAAGAGGGCGCCUUGGCCACACCGUUUUGCACAACGGCAGGAUCUGAGGCUUCUCCGGGGAGAGGUGAUCUUGAUGGCGGGAACGCCUCACGUCAUCGUCGGCUACGACGGGAAGCACGAGGUGUAUUUAUGCUGGGCUGGCAACGCCGAUGGAGGAUGCGACACCUCCCGGCUGAUCUCCGUCAGGCGCUCGCUUGCGCACACCUCCCAGAAGGACCUGCACGCAGAUUCGACAGCGAUGCCGCCGCUGCCGAGCAUCGACCACAUGGGCCGCCCAGUGCGGUACGAGGGCAAGGCGGGCAAGCUCACCGCGGAGGGCGCCUCGGCUCUGCCAGCGGCUGCGGAUGGCGUGGGGCUUGCCCCAGGAAAUGCCAUCUCGGAGGUGCCCCGCCCGCAGAGGUUCAGCCGCCGGGCCACGCCGGCCUCGUCGGAUAGCGGGACAGAUUGCCGAAGGCUGGCGGAGGCCACGACGCCGCAGUCCGAGCUUGCGAAGCAGUGCACGCUCGGAGCGGUGCUCAAGGUGCUGGUGUUCGGUAUCGGCACAGUCGCCCGGGUGGCUGGCCAAGCGGUGUGCGGAUGGUGGAGCUCUCGCGCCGCAGACGCGAUGCAGUCUGGGCACGAGUGGGUCCAGCGCCGCGACGGCACGUACUACCGAGCGGUGAAGGGAGACCCGGCCAAGGUGUCCCUGACACGUGCGAACUCGCAGCCAUGUGCCAAGCUCGAGGCAGCUACUGCGCCAGCUCACGACGACUUCCAGAUACACAUACCCAUCGUGAAGCCCCCGGGCUGGCAGGAGGUACAGCCGCUCGUGCACCAGAUGCCCGUGACCUUCGACGAGCGCGGCAUCAAGGAGUCGCUGACGGUGAAGACCCACAGGUGGGGCGCCUUCGUGGACAGGCAGAAGGCGAGACUCCUGCGCGAGAUCAACGAGAUGAAGUUGUCGGGCGGCUGGGACGACCCAGAGGAGGAGGAGGACGGGGACAGCCAUCUUACCGCCGACGACAACUGCACGUUCCCCUCCUCCCCCAGGGGCGCGCAGCAGAGCCGUGACCCCGACGGCUGCGGCAGGAGCGGGCUCAGUCGCAGGCACGACAUCAGGGAGCUCGAGCACAUGGUGGAGCGGAUGGAGGACUGGAAAGACCUGAGCCGCUACUCCGGCAAGAGCAUCAGCAUGGCCUCCACGCAGCGAGGGAACGAGAUGAAGAUCCACAUCCUGGCCUUCGCCGAGCGCGAGGACAGCCUCGGCGUGGACUUCAUGUGGCUCGACUACAGGAAGUCCGUGGAGGUGCGGACGGAGAAGCAGAGGCCGCCGGGCGGCAUCCUGCACGCGGUCUGGGCGGCCCUGCCGUUCCUGCGGGAGCCGCGCGGCGACCUGGAGGAGCGGGAGAAGCGGUGGGUGGACCUGCUGCGACGCCCGGACGUGGCGAAGUUUGCCAUCGCCCUGGCGUUCAAGAACGCGCUCUCCAGCGACGGCGUGCACCUGGAGUUCUGCGACGGCUCCCUGAGGGAAGCGGACUGCGGA